AUGGCGGACCUGAAUGGGACACGGUGUGAUGGCUUCCAGACCCCCUCCCUGAACGGUGCCGCCUUGGCGCCCAGCCUCACGUGCCCCUCAGGACUGGAGGCCCAAGAUGACCUCACCUCACCCCCAGUGCUGCCCCUGACAUGCCAGUGUGCCCCCAAAAGCCUCUCUGAGCUCUCCAAGCUGGGUCUGGGGAUUGACAUGGAGGUGGAGUUGUGGAUUCUUCAGCUGCCUGUGGAUUACAGGGAGGCAAAGCAGAGGGUCACCAGAAUGUGGGAAGAUCUCCAACCCCAACUCGCCGUGCAUGUGGGUGUGGAUGCCUUCACCAAGGCGGUCUUUCUGGAACAAUGUGGCAAGAAUUGAGGCUACUGGGACAUCGACAUCCGGGGCUUCUGGCCAGAGGGUGGCAUGUGCCUACCUGGUGGCCUGGAAGUGAUCGUAUCAAGCAUCAGCAUGAAGGCUAUGUGCAAGCGCGUCGCCGUUGAGGAUGUCGAGGUGGCCUUUUCCCGAGAUGUGGGCAGAUACGCCUGUGAUUACAUUUACUACCUGUCUCUGCAUCACGGAAAUGGGUGCGCUGCACUCAUCCAUGUCCCUCAAAUAUCGCAUUGGCUCCCGGCCAGCCUGCUAGGAAAAGCCUUACAAGUCAUCAUCCAGGAAAUGCUGGAGGAGGUGGGAAAGCCCAAACUCAAAGCCUGGUUUGCAGAAAACUCAACCACAGUGAUUCCAGCCAAAGGGAACCAAUUGGGGGAUGGCUCCUUUAGGGAAAAUUAA